GAAAGUUCUCGCAACGCUUGUGGUAGAUGUUAGAAUAUUCAAAAUGUUGCUCAUUUCAAAUCGAAAUUUGUGACAAUAUUGUUGGCUGAAUAUUUUAAAUAUUCUUCCGCCAGGAAAAUUAUCUGAAUUAUCGAUUGUCUGUAAGGACUUUUCCCAGUAUGAUCUGGUUUUACCAAGAUCAAACGAGCAAAAUUCGUAAUGAGAUGAAGUACACUGUCUGGCAGAGUAAAAGUCUGAAAUAACCUUUUUGAUGACGCUAACAUUGCCAAUAGAACAAACUGGAUAGUGCAAGAAUAACUUAAUCGAUCUUUUACAUUAUGCAAUCUAUAGACUGAGGCAGAUUACUAGAAGAUUAUCAAGUUUUACAUGCUUGCUGCAGGAGAAAGAGCCCUCUGUUUAUUUAUCUUGUGCGACUACAAUGUAAAAUAUUUCGGGAUCGACAUUUUCUCAGAAAGAAUGCGAAAAUGUUAGGAAGUCAGGGGGACAUCCGACUUUAUAGAGUGAAAGAAAUUGCGGAAGGAGAUGACGUCAGCCAGAGAAGUACCGAGAGUUCCGGAAGUGUAGAAGAUGACCGCGCUCAAUGGGGCGGGAAAUUAGAAUUUCUCCUAACCUGUAUUGGUUAUGCAGUUGGCUUGGGAAACGUUUGGCGAUUUCCUUACCUUUGCUACAAAAAUGGAGGAGGCGCUUUUCUCAUUCCUUACACCAUUAUGCUGGCAUUGGUGGGAUUGCCCCUAUUUUAUAUGGAGGUGGUCCUUGGACAGUACGCAAGUUUGGGACCAAUCUCUAUCUGGAGGAUUAACCCUCUGUUUAAAGGUGUUGGGUAUGCUAUGGUCAUUGUUUCCUGGCUGAUUGGACUGUACUAUAACGUCAUCAUAGCCCAUGUCCUGUUCUACCUGUUCGCCUCUUUCACGUCCGAACUACCAUGGAAGCAUUGCAACAACGAAUGGAACACGCCCAGCUGUCGAGAGUACAAUUACCAGCCGCCGAGCGCUUUAGGAAAUGGAACGUACAAUUCGACUUCAUGGAACGCAACUUAUGUAGUCAACACAACGUUCACCCACAAUUCUACCUAUUCUCCCAUUAUCCACCACAGUCUGAUAACGACCCCCAGCGAGGAAUACUACAACAACCAUGUUCUUGGAAAAUCCUCGGGACUGGAUGAGAUUGGAGGUGUUCAGCCAUAUCUGGCUCUAACACUUCUGGCAUCAUGGGUGACGGUGUACCUAGUACUUCUGAAGGGGAUUCAGUCUCUUGGCAAGGUGGUGUACUUUACCGCUAUUUUCCCGUACCUGAUGCUGAUCGUUCUGAUGUUCAGGGGGGUCACACUCCCAGGGGCGGUCGACGGGAUUAUCUACUACCUGAAGCCGGACUUCAACAAACUCCUGGAACCCCGUGUGUGGAGUGAUGCCUGUACACAGAUUUUUUACUCACUCAGUGCGUGCUCGGGAGGUCUGAUUGCCAUGUCCAGUUACAACAAAUUCAAAAACAAUUGCUACAAGGACGCCGUCAUUGUCUGCGUCAUCAACUGCGGGACCAGCGUCUUUGCCGGUUUUGUAAUAUUCUCUAUAUUGGGUUUCAUGGCCAAUGAAAAGAAUGUACCAGUUUCCGAAGUUGCAGAUGGAGGUCCCGGUUUGGCUUUUAUUGUCUAUCCAGAAGCUCUGACACGUAUGCCCAUAGCUCCUUUGUGGUCCAUUCUCUUCUUUAUCAUGAUGGCAACGCUUGGCUUUGGCUCUGAGUUUUCCAUCGUUGAGUGUGUGCUGAGCGCCCUAACGGAUGUGUUCCCACAGAUUCAGCCAAGGAGGGCUAACAUCAUCUUCCGCUCCGUUUUCACAGCUAUUUGCUUCUUGCUGGGACUUCCUAUGGUUUGCAAGGGAGGUAUAUACCUGUUGAACCUAGUUGACUUCAGCGUUGGAGGCUUUCCUCUUCUAAUCGUUGGGCUUUUUGAACUCGUGGCAAUCAGUUGGAUAUACGGAUAUAACAGAUUCUCUGAUAACAUAUUCGCCAUGCUGGGGAAAAGGCCAACAAAAUACUGGGAGAUAUGUUGGAAAUUUGUUUCUCUUCUGGUUAUUGGGAUAACGGUCUUGAUGAAUAUUAUUAUGUACACCGAACCCGAACUUGAUGGUCAGACAUAUUCAGAUUGGGCAAAAUCUCUUGGAUGGCUUAUAGUUGCAUUUCCAAUCGUUGUCAUUCCCGUAUGGUUCCUGCUCAGAUAUUGCUCGGACGGCGGAUGGAAGCUAUUACGUGAAGGUGUAAAACCUCUGAAGUCAUGGGGACCUUCAGAAGCCAACAAGAAGUUUGAAUACAGAGACAGUGGGGUUACCUAUAAGUCAGAUCGCAGUGCGUUUGCCAAGCUCAUGAGCAGUAACAUUUCCAACAUGACAACCAACACAACCUUGUCAGACUUUCCCUUCAGUUCUUCCAACACUCUUAACACAAGAGAACUGCCGUAAACUGUUCUAAUUGCCGUAAACUGUACUACAUGUUCGUGAAGGGAAUUUUCGCCUCAGUAAAGGGAAUGUCACCCUCCCAACUGGAGGAAAUGCCUGCCUGCCUCCGACACGGAGGGAAAGUCCCCCUUUCAACGGAGGGAUCACUUCCCUCCCAAUGGAGGAGAAACUCCCUUUCAACGGAGGGAACACCUCCUUUUUAAAGGAGGGAACACCUCCCUCCAAACGGAGUGGAAACUCCCUUUAUACUUGUGAUGCCGAUUUUUCUCUAGCAGUAGAUGUGAAAACACUUUAGUUUACUGGCUUUAAAACCUCCAUGCUUUAGAAAGUAGAAAGUAACUUCACUGAAAAAAAGUUUUUAUUCGGUUUAGCGCUGUUUUAUAUACCGGUAGUUUAUAGACGUCAGAAAUUGUUGGCAUUUCGCACAUUCCCCAAAUGAGAAUUUUUUUCAUUCAAUAUUUUGGCACAAAGAAAAACGCUGGCAAAUUUUACAGUAGAUGUGUUAGGUUCUCAACAUGUUAAGCUGUGAGGGGUAUUAUAUCAAUUUAAAUCAUCACGAAGCAUUAAAUGACGAUAUUCAUGAAUUCAUCUUCCAUGCAACAUACUAUCAUACAAUAUCAUAUCGUAUCAUCUGCAGACUGCCUAAGAGCAAUGGAAAACAUUUUUUAACGAGUCACUGUUUUACAUGCACAUAUGUACCUAGAUUGCAACGUGAUUUAUACAUAUAUGAAUGUCAGUUAUGACGAAGGCUGAUCCUGUUGUUGGCUUUUGUCUUGUGUAUUAAUGGAUCUAAAAAAGAACUUAAUUUCAAUUUUUAUUUAUAUACAUUCGCUGAUCAAUUUUAAAUUUUUAAUUCAUUUAUUUUAGCAUAAAGCCCAAAUUUAUAAUUCAGUUUUAAAUAUCGGUGUAGCGUAACUUGAAAUGUUUUAUUUUAAAAGUAUACAUCUUCGUUGCUUCUAGUCAUAUUAGUCUUUCUAGUUGCUACCAACUCAGGGACUAUUUUGGUCAAGUUGGGUAACUUCCUCUGUUUAGCUUCACUCGGUCUUUAUGACUCUUUGGGCCGUGAUAAUCCCAGGAGUCGCGGAGUGAUUCGAUGGUUUUUUGCCUAUAGUCUAGUCAACUAAUCGCACGGUACUAUAUAGAGGGUUAUCCAUACUUGGGUGUAGUGUGAUAUGCAUUUAAAACAACUAUUUACGUUAACAUUCGAAAUUUAUUUAUUUAUAUAUUAGUUUUGUGAGAAAUUUACCCUCUUUUUUUUUUACAUUCAUUCAGACUUUUUAGAAUGUGUAUUAUUACUUUGGACUACUUUCAUGAUGUGCAUUGUGCUAUUAUAGUACAUGUGUGUAUAGGAAAAAAAAUCAUUUUCAGUUUGUCUUCCUCGGUAAAGUUUUCGUUGAAAUUUUUUUAGUCAUUUUGCUUUUAAUCUAUUGCUGCCAUUUUAAAUAACAAAAACCGUGCUUGAAAUACACAUUGUAUUUGAAGUCUGACCAAUGUUUUUGAAAAUUGCAUUGUAUGUUAAUUUAUUUUUUGAAAAGGUAUAUCAUGACUUUUCAUGACCAUGUAAAGAAACUGUCACUUUUACGAGAAUUUAUUAGAAUCUCAAUCUUUCCAUAUCAAGCCAAUGUGUGGUGUUUGUUAAGUUUUUUUAAACGCGUGAUGUGUUCGUCAAAGCAAUUUACAUUUGAACAGUUUGAUUUGUAUGCCGCUUUUUUCUUAAAUUGCCAUAUCUAGUUUAAUUUCUUGUGUGGUGAAAAUUGUUGCAAUAGUAAAAUGAGGUAAUAUGUUGAGCUGUGAAAAUAAAAAGAAAUAUUGAUUAAAAAUUUCGAUAAAACCGA